AUGGGCUGCGCGAGAGCGUCGCUGUGUAGUGCACAGAGUGCCUGUGAACCCUAUCGACGGGAGUGUGGCAAGGGGCGCCUACAGAGCUUGUCCAGCUUCCCUAGUGACCGCCAGUCUGCGGCGCUGAACGAGCAACAGUCUAGAUGCGAUGAUAGCCUGGUCCGUCACUCGGCUAGGCACGGCAAUCUGCCCGGCCUGAAAGAGCUCUUCUGGUGCGACCGAGCGUCUAUUGAUGACGACGAGCUGGCGUUGUCAACAGUGCUGUUCUCUAUCAAUGUUCUCUACAGUCGAUCGUACUCGGCUGGCGAAGCUGCUGUCUACCUCUGCGCUGUGCGAAGAGCGAAAGCUGAUUUACGUCUAUAUCACAGUUCCACGACGGAGCUCUCCUAG